AUGGCCGAGGAGCGGCGGCGGGUAGUGCUGGAGCUGCUGCAGCGGCCGGGGAACGCGCGCUGCGCCGACUGCGGUGCCCCGGACCCUGACUGGGCCUCCCACACCCUUGGCGUGUUCAUCUGCCUGAGCUGCUCUGGCAUCCACCGGAACAUCCCCCAGGCCAGCAAGGUGAAAUCGGUCCGCCUGGACACCUGGGAUGAGGCCCAAGUGGAGUUCAUGGCCUCCCAUGGAAAUGAAGCCGCCAGAGCCACCUAUGAGGCCAAAGUGCCCUCUUUCUACUACCGACCCUCCUUCUCUGACUGCCAACUCCUUCGAGAGCAGUGGAUCCGAGCCAAGUAUGAGAGGAAGGAGUUCAUCCAUCCAGAGAAACAGGAGCCUUACUCCGCAGGAUACCGGGAAGGGUUCCUCUGGAAGCGUGGCCGAGACAACGGGCAGUUCUUAAGCCGGAAGUUUGUGCUGACGGAACGAGAGGGUGCCCUGAAAUACUUCAACAAGAAUGAUGCCAAGGAGCCCAAAGCCAUCAUGAAGAUUGAGCAUCUUAAUGCCACCUUCCAGCCAGCCAAGAUCGGCCACCCCCACGGUCUGCAGGUCACCUACCUGAAGGACAACAGCACACGCAACAUCUUCGUCUACCACGAAGAUGGGAAGGAGAUGGUGGACUGGUUCAAUGCACUGAGGGCAGCCCGCUUCCAUUACCUGCAGGUGGCCUUCCCUGGGGCCAGUGACACCGACCUGGUGCCCAAGCUAUCCCGGAACUACCUAAAGGAGGGCUACAUGGAGAAGACGGGGCCCAAGCAAACUGAAGGAUUCCGGAAGCGCUGGUUCACCAUGGAUGACCGCAGGCUGAUGUACUUUAAGGACCCCCUGGACGCCUUUGCUCGCGGGGAGGUCUUCAUCGGCAGCAAGGAGGGCGGCUAUUUGGUGCUGGAGGGGCUCCCGCCGUCCACCCAGGGCCACCACUGGUCCCACGGCGUCACCAUUGUCACACCCGACCGAAAGUUCCUGUUCACCUGCGAGACGGAAGCCGACCGCCAGGAGUGGGUGGCUGCCUUCCGCAGCGUCGUCGACCGACCCAUGCUGCCCCAGGAAUAUGCAGUGGAGGCCCACUUCAAGCAUAAACCCUAG